UCUCAGUUCAAAAUUAAACUUCGUCGAGUAAUCACAACCUACAACAUAAUUUAUAUCGAUAAUGUGCAUAUUCAUAGACUGUCUGCUAUGCCCAACUGUCAUCUGGUCAGCUGUAAUCGGCAUUGGCGUCUACUUUCUGAAGGAUUAUAUGCAGGGUGGCCAAUUCACCAAGGAAACCAAUGAAACUGGCAAAGUUGUCAUUGUCACGGGAGCCAAUACAGGCAUUGGCAAAGAGACAGCAAAGGAACUAGCCAGAAGAGGAGCCACAGUCUAUAUGGCAUGUCGGGAUAUGACCAGAUGUGAAAUAGCACGCCUGGAGAUUGUCAAAGAAACGAAUAAUCAGAAUGUAUUCUCACGUGAAUUGGAUCUAAGUUCUCUGGCCUCCAUACGUAAAUUCGUUGCAGGUUUCAAAGCUGAGCAACAAAAACUUCAUGUUCUAAUCAAUAAUGCCGGUGUUAUGCGUUGCCCCAAAACUCUGACCAAAGAUGGCUUUGAGAUUCAGUUGGGCGUUAAUCAUAUGGGUCACUUUCUGCUUACCAACUUGUUGUUGGAUGUUCUCAAGAAAUCUGCUCCCAGUCGUAUUGUAGUCGUCUCUAGUUUGGCCCACACUCGUGGAGCCAUCAAUGUGGAUGACUUAAAUAGCGAAAAGUCCUACGAUGAAGGCUCGGCGUAUUCUCAGAGUAAAUUGGCCAAUGUCUUGUUCACUCGCGAACUGGCCAAGCGUCUGGAGGGCACUGGAGUUACUGUGAAUGCCCUGCAUCCAGGUGUUGUAGACACAGAGCUGGCCAGAAACUGGAAAUUCUUCCAAACAAACUUUGUAAAAUAUUUCUUGAAACCAAUGUUGUGGCCUUUGCUGAAGACUCCCAAGAGUGGGGCACAAACUAGUAUCUAUGCAGCUCUUGACCCCGAUUUGGUCAAUGUGUCUGGUCAGUAUUUCAGCGAUUGCAAACCCAAGGAAGUGGCCCCUGCUGCCAAGGAUGAGAAAGUUGGCAAAUUCCUUUGGGCAGAGAGUGAAAAGUGGACUAGCAAGUCGGAUUAGAGGUUUAUUUAAUAUUAGAUAUAAUAGCAUUUGCCUAUGACAAAAAAUUAGUAUGUUUAAUCCAUAAUUUAAGUGUGUUUAAAUAGUUAUGGAGACUAUCCAUCCCACUUGGAAAUAUAGUUAUUCAUUUUA